UCAGUCUGUUUCCGACCCCCUUGCCAUCUCCCGCCAGAGUUAGUGGUUGGACCUCCUGCGACCCCUGGUAGCGAUGCUGCCCUUCUCUUUGCUCUGGGCAGCUCGGCCUCUGCAGAGAUGCGGCCAGCUAGUCAGGUCAGCUGUGCGGGCCCAGCAUGGCAAGGCUGCCCAGACCCAGGCCGGGGAAGCAGUGCAGGGCUGGAGUGGCCAGGAGAGCCUGGCAGCCAGUGACCCUGAGAUGUGGGAGCUGCUGCAGCGGGAGAAGGACAGGCAAUGUCGCGGCCUGGAACUCAUCGCUUCUGAGAACUUCUGCAGCCGCGCUGCGCUGGAGGCCCUGGGGUCCUGUCUGAACAACAAGUACUCGGAGGGUUAUCCUGGCAAGAGGUACUACGGGGGAGCAGAGGUGGUGGAUGAGAUCGAGCUGCUGUGCCAGCGCCGAGCCCUGGAAGCUUUUGACCUAGACCCUGCUCACUGGGGAGUGAACGUCCAGCCCUACUCGGGGUCGCCUGCCAAUCUGGCCGCCUACACUGCCCUUCUGCAGCCUCACGACCGGAUCAUGGGGCUGGACCUGCCUGAUGGGGGCCACCUCACCCACGGCUACAUGUCUGAUGUCAAGCGGGUCUCAGCCACCUCCAUCUUCUUUGAAUCUAUGCCUUAUAAGCUGAACCCCCAAACCGGCCUCAUUGACUAUGACCAGCUGGCCCUGACUGCCCGACUCUUCCGGCCGCGCCUCAUCAUAGCUGGCACCAGUGCCUACUCACGGCUUAUUGACUAUGCACGCAUGAGAGAGGUGUGUGAUGAGGUCAAGGCUUACCUGCUGGCAGACAUGGCCCACAUCAGCGGCCUGGUGGCUGCCAAGGUGAUCCCCUCGCCUUUCAAGUAUGCGGAUGUUGUCACCACCACCACACACAAGACCCUACGUGGGGCCAGGUCGGGCCUCAUCUUCUACCGGAAGGGAGUGCGGACUGUGGACCCCAAGACUGGCCGGGAAAUCCCUUACACGUUUGAGGACCGGAUCAACUUUGCUGUGUUCCCGUCCCUGCAGGGGGGUCCCCACAACCACGCCAUUGCUGCCGUAGCUGUGGCCCUAAAACAGGCCUGCACCCCCAUGUUCCGAGAGUAUUCCCUGCAGGUUCUGAAGAAUGCCCGCGCCAUGGCUGACGCACUGCUGGAGCGAGGCUACUCCCUGGUGUCUGGUGGCACCGACAACCACCUGGUGCUGGUGGACCUGCGACCCAAGGGUCUGGAUGGAGCGCGUGCCGAGCGGGUGCUGGAGCUUGUGUCCAUCACCGCCAACAAGAACACCUGCCCCGGGGACCGAAGUGCCAUCACCCCCGGGGGCCUGCGGCUUGGGGCGCCCGCCUUGACCUCACGACAGUUCCGUGAGGAUGACUUCCGGAGAGUCGUGGACUUCAUAGAUGAAGGAGUUAACAUUGGUCUGGAGGUCAAGAGCAAGACUGCCAAGCUCCAGGAUUUCAAAUCCUUCCUGCUCCAGGACCCAGCAACCAGCCAGCGGCUGGCAGAACUCCGACACCGUGUGCAGCAGUUUGCCAGGGCCUUCCCCAUGCCUGGUUUCGAUGAACACUAAAGGCAAUGGGGGACCGGGGAGCAAGGGACCCCCAGACCAGAACCAGAAGCUGCUGUCCCUACCCCUGCCUAGGUCUAUGCAAGGGAAGCCCAGCCACCUGUCCCUCCUUUGAGCAGGCCUCCUGGGAAGAGCCAGGUGUAAUCCUCCUCGCUACAAUGUGAAGCUGAGAGAAGAAAACACAAAUCACAUUUGGUCCUAAGACUGAGAGAAGGGCCUCUCCCAGCACCCCCCUUCUGGAGCCUUCUGCCUUAAUUCUGCCUUGAUCUCAGUGUUACAGCCCCCCACUUUCUAGAGGAGUGGGGGGAGUUACCCUUCUGAGCCAAUGGAAGGGGUGGGUGGGCACCCUCCUUCCUAUCUAAUAAAAUGCCAACCUGC